UUCGUGUUCUCCAAUCAAAUUCUACUACUAUAACAACACUAAGGUCAAGCCCACUCACUCCUUCUCUCUGAUCCUUUUGCAUCCUCAAUUCAAAUUUCGAACCAUAUAAUUGUUUCUCCUUCUAUCCUUUUUCUAUUCUCAUCGAUCUUUUCAUAAUUGAACAAAAUUAAGUUAACUGAAUCGUGAUCAUGGGUUUCAAUUCAGUCUAUAGAUCGUUGCAGGAUAUAUUUCCACAGGUUGAUUCUAGGUUGUUGAGGGCUGUGGCUAUUGAACAUCCUAAGGAUGCUGAUAUUGCUGCUGAAAUUGUUCUUACAGAAAUUAUCCCGUCAAUUUCGAAGAAAUUGCUUCCAGUAACUCCUCCUGAGGAUACGAGCCCGAGAGUUGUAGUAAACCUGGAAGAUGAAAGCGAGGACGAAGGGGAUGGGUUAGUACACCAUCAACUUAUUAAAGGCACAGAUGUGGGGUCUUCUUCUUCAAAUUCUUCUUCUAGGCCAGAUCUUAAUAUUCCAGUAAAAUUGCGACAGGGUGUUAGUCCUCUAGUGGUAAUAAAUCUUGAAGAUGAAAGUGAGGAGGAAAGAAGUUUGGUGCAGAAACAUCAACUUGUUGAAGAUAAUGACAUGGGGUCUUCAUCAUCCACGGCAUUAUCAUCACGCUCUAUACCAGUACAGAUCGCUGAAGCUGCCAAUUCUUCUUGUGGUCUGGAUCUGAAUGUGACUCUUAAUGAGUCUACACUGUCAAAUGGCAGUGAUAGGAAGGAUGGAAAGAAAAUAUUUUUUGGGUUAGAUCUUGAAGCAUAUUUAAAAAGUGGGAUCUUGAAUGAUAUUCCUCAGGAGACAUCAAACGGGUUCAAUUUUUUUGAUCAGGGACGGCUUGAUGUCGAUGUUGAUUCUGAAAAUUUGGCAUCUUCACAUGUAUAUCCAGUGGCGAAGAAUGAUCAGAACAAUUUGAAUGAAGAAUGGGUAGAUUUUGUCCCUACUGAUGAAAAUGUUGAUGCCACUAUCUGUGAUACAAGUUGCAGUUUAGAAAAAUGUGAAACUGUCUCGAAUGAGUUAGAAGACUCUCAAGUUCAAAAUGUAUCUCAACUUCAGGAGCCUACACCAAUUGGUGAAGGUUAUCUUCAAAUGGAUGUUAAUUCAAAUCCUUCUGUCAUUGUUGGUGAAGCUAGUCAUGUUGAAGAUGAGAUUGAUGUCAAUAAGACAGCCAGUCAAAAUAGUCUAGCAUGCAGUAUUGAUACACUUGACGAGACCAUUGACGAAGCAAAAACCAACAAGAAAAUGUUGUUUUCAUCAAUGGAAUCUCUCAUUAAUUUGAUGAGAGAAGUGGAACUUCUGGAGAAAGCUGCUGAGCAGGCUAAUAUGAUAGCUGCUAGGGGAGGGUCUGAUAUUCUGGAUAGGGUAGAAGAGUAUCAAGCCAUGUUGGUGCAUGCUAAAGAAGCAAAUGACAUGCAUGCAGGGGAGAUUUAUGGAGAAAAGGCUAUUCUGGCAACUGAACUGAAGGAACUUCAAUCUCGUUUGUCCAGUUUGUCUGGUGAAAGGGAUAUGUCUCUUGCAAUUCUUGAUGAGAUGCGCCAAAUUCUUGAAUCUCGAUUAACUGCAGCUGAAAUGUCGAAGAAAGCAGCUGAGCUUGAAAAGGAGGAAAAAGAGGGAUCAGCAAGGGUGGCACUUCUUGAGCAAGAAGCUAUGAUGGAGAAGGUAGUACAGGAAUCACAGAGGCUACAACAGGAGGCAGAAGAGAAUUCAAAGUUACGGGAGUUUCUGAUGGACCGUGGGCAGAUUGUUGAUACAUUGCAAGGAGAAAUUUCUGUUAUUUGUCAGGAUAUUAGGCUUCUUAAAGAAAAAUUUGAUGCAAAUCUUCCUCUGAGUCAAUCAUUCACGUCUAGUCAGACAAGUUGCAUCUUAGCCUCUUCAGGUUCGUCACACAAAACCUUGGCAUCUAAUGCGGGUUCUGAGCAUAGUGAUUCGUCUGAAAUACUCAAGAUCACCCAGGCAUCUUAUGUGGGUUCUGAGCAUAGUGAUUCGUCUGAAAUACUCAAGAUCUCCCAGGCAUCUAAUGUGGGUUCUGAGCAUAGUGAUUCAUCGGAAAUACUCAAGAUCAUCCAGGCAGCCUCAACUGAAAGCCUUUCUUACAAAGGUUUGGAAGAGGAGAAGUCCAAAUCUGAACACAAUGCUCUUCUUGAUGAUGGGUGGGAAAUUUUUGACAAAGAUGCAGAACUGGAAUCUUGAGGUUUUAACUUUUUCUUUUGUUGAAAGAGAAGCAAAAAGUUAAGUUUGUUCUACCAAUUUGGUUCAAAAUAAACAUUAGAAUUUCAUGGAUAGUGUGAGCUGAAUACAUGCUUUUAUGUUUCAGUAUGAAACCGUAGUAGAAACAUAUAAUAUCGUAAAUAGUAACUUAUGAUCAUCAACUUGUGGUUGAUUACCGCUAUUUCCAAAUUUUGUAAAAAAAAACGUAAUUGGGAAAUCUUUUUUAGUAUUA